CACGCGCAGUGGCAGUCUCGUGCAUUGUGGGAGCGGAUUGAGAAACAUGGCGGCGCGCAUCAUUGCCCGGUGUGUCCGAUCACUGAACCACCGUGCUGUAUAUUCCAAUCGUAUCAAUACUGCCGCGACAUUAACAGCAACUCCGCUCACCCAUGGCCGAACAUUUUCAUAUCUGACUACUGGACACAAAUCUCCGCUGGCUCAGAUCUCUAGCAGCUCAUUUCAGGUCUUGCAGUGGAGGCAGUAUGGUGACUUGCCCCCAUUAACUCUAGAGACUAUCCAUGACCGUGUCCUCUACGUCCUGAAGCUCUAUGACAAGAUCAGCCCUGAGAAGCUUCAGGCUACAUCUCACUUCAUGAAGGAUUUGGGAUUGGACAGUUUAGACCAGGUGGAGAUCAUCAUGGCCAUGGAAGAUGAAUUUGGUUUUGAAAUCCCAGAUGCUGAAGCAGAGAAGUUGAUGACACCACAAGAGAUUGUUCAGUACAUUGCAGACAAGAAGGAUGUUUAUGAAUGAGCAUAAAUAAUCAUUAUGAGUGUAAUUACUAUUCAGAUCUUCUGAAAAUGUGUGUCUCUUAAGGUGAACUUUAUGCUUAUGGAUGCUUAUGUUUCUGCUGUUCUUCUUUCUUCUUUUUGUAUUUAAACGCGUGGUUAAAUUGGUGUUCAUAAUAAUGUGGGUCUGCAGCAUACUCUGCUAGACACAUGCAUAAACUCCUCUUUCAAACAAUAAGAGUGUGCAAAUAAUGUGAAUAAUUCAUGUGAAUUCUACAAAAUAAAGACUUUAAAUCAGUUUAAAGAA